AUGCUGCGCUAUUGGGGUGAGAUCCCGGUUUCAUCCAACCAGGCCAACCGCAGCUCCUUUGACCUGCUUCAGCGCGAGUUUCGGACCGUGGAAGUCCAAGAUCCUCCGUUGCAUCAGCCGUCCGCCAACAAACCCCGGCCGACCACCAUGCUGGACAUCCCCUCGGAGCCCUGCAGCCUCACCAUUCACACCAUCCAGCUCAUCCAGCACAACCGGCGGCUGCGCAGCCUCAUCGCCAUGGCUCAGGCCCAAAACCAGCAGCAAGCGGAAGGCAUAAAAACCGAAGACAACGAACCUCUGCCGUCUCGUCCGGCCUCACCGCCUCUCCCUGAUGACUUGCUUCCUCUGGAUAGCAAAACCCCCAAAAUGCCCUUUCAGCUGAGGCACAGUGACCCAGAGAGUGAUUUCUACAGAGGAAAAGGGGAGCCAGUGACUGAGCUGAGUUGGUCUUCCUGCCGGCAGCUCCUCUACCAGUCGAUGGCCACCAUCCUGGCUCACACAGGCUUUGAGUGUGCCAAUGAGAGCGUCCUGGAGACCCUGACAGACAUCGCCCACGAGUACUGCUUGAAGUUCACCAAACUGCUGCGCUUCGCCGUGGAUCGAGAAGCUCGACUUGGGCACACCCCUUUCCCUGAUGUCAUGGAGCAGGUCUUCCACGAGGUGGGCAUUGGCAGCGUGCUCUCGCUGCAGAAGUUCUGGCAGCACCGCAUCAAGGACUACCACAGCUACAUGCUUCAGGUUAGCAAGCAGCUCUCUGAAGAGUACGAGAAGAUUGUCAACCCUGAAAAGGCAGCAGAAGACACAAAGCCUGUGAAGAUUAAGGAGGAACCUGUCAGUGAUAUUACUUUCCCCAUAAGUGAGGAGCUGGAAGGAGAUCUGGCUUCUGGUGACCAGUCUUUGCCCGUUGGAGUCCUUGGAGCUCAAAGCGAGCGCUUCUCUGCCAACUUGGAAGUAGAAGCUUCCCCGCAGACUUCAGGGGCUGAGGUGAAUGCUUCCCCACUCUGGAACCUGGCACAGGUCAAAAUGGAGCCACAGGAGAAUGAAGAGGCCAAUGUACAUGGCCACGGGGUCCUGGGCAGUGAUGUCUUUGAGGAACCGAUGUCAGGCAUGAGCGAAGCUGGGAUGCCGCAGAGCCCCAACGGCUCUGAGAGCAGCUAUGGUUCUCAUUCUGCUGACAGUCUGAUGGGAUCCUCACCUGUCUUCAACCAGCGCUGCAAGAAAAAGAUGAAGAAGAUGUGAAAAGAGACAGUCUUUUUAUGUCAUCCUGAAGGUAUGUAGUAGACUUGAAGAGAACUAAGAGAGCACCAUGAUGUCUGUGAUUCAUAAACGGGGCUGGCCGUGGUGUAUGAGGGCCCUUGCAUAAAAUGAUUGUGAGAUGUUUGAUGUGUAGGGCACUUCAGCUCCCCUCUUCGCUGGCUUCUGUACUCCAUCCAGGCUCAUGAGACUGAAGAUCAACCUAUGCAUUUGAUGGUGUUGGGGCUUGC